GACAGGCUUUUAAAGGCAAUGGUUCUGCUUUAAAACAAUCAAGGUAUUUUAUUGAAAACCAGAACUGGAAUCAGACUCGCUACCACAAUUACAAAGUACAUAAUAUUAUUUCCGCUCUUCUGUCUGAGAUUGCAAUCAUGUAGGAGGAUGUUAAACUUGGCACAGACAGCCAUUCGGUGUGCUCUUUCCUGUAUUGAUGAUGUUACCUGGUGGGCGAGAGCCAAUGACGUCACGUCCCCGUUACGAACUGAGCUCGAUCUCCUCCGCGCUGCAUUCGGAGCAGCCCGUACAAUCAAGCGCAUUAAAACGCAUCUAAACCACAAGACCCGAUAUCAUCAUCGAAUCUAAUUGGAAAGCUGAAGAUGCUUCAGUCCCUCACCGGUAAUUCGUGUGUGCGCUUGAUACAGAGCAACAAAUCGGCAUGGUAUUUUAUGUUUCUCGUGCUCGGCUAUGUUCUGUAUCUCAUAUUCGGAGCGGUGGUUUUCUCCUCGGUGGAGCUGCCUUAUGAAGACCUCCUGCGUCAGCGGCUCAGAGGAAUCAAACGACAGUUCCUCCAAGAGCACGAAUGUCUGUCCGAGGAAAGGCUGGAGAUGUUUCUGUCCAAAGCGCUGGAGGCCAGCAACUAUGGGGUGUCUAUUCUCAACAACGCGUCGGCCAGCUGGAACUGGGACUUCACCUCGUCUUUGUUUUUUGCUAGCACCGUCUUAUCAACCACAGGGUAUGGUCACACCGCCCCUCUCUCUGAUGGCGGGAAGGCUUUCUGCAUCAUUUACUCUGUGAUUGGCAUCCCCUUCACCCUUCUCUUCCUCACGGCUGUGGUGCAAAGGAUCAUGGUCUAUAGCACGUGGCGGCCCAUUAUGUACGUUCAUACACGUUGGGGUCUCUCUAAACCCCUGGUGGCCCUCGUUCACGCAACCCUGCUGGCCGUCGUGGCUGUGUCCUGUUUUUUCCUUAUCCCUGCCGCCAUCUUCUCUGCCCUAGAAGAGAACUGGAACUUUCUGGAGUCCUUCUACUUCUGUUUUAUCUCACUCUCCACUAUCGGUCUGGGCGACUAUGUUCCUGGAGAGGCCUUCAACCAGAGGUUUCGUGAGCUCUACAAAUUGGGCAUCACUGUGUAUCUCCUCCUCGGCCUGAUCGCUAUGCUGGUGGUGUUGGAGACCUUCUGUGAGCUGCAGCAGUUGAAGCAGCUGAGGAAGAUGUUUUAUCUGAAGAAGGAGAAGCCCCAGGACCGCCUGUCUAUCAUGGAACAUGACCAUCUGGCCUUUAGCUCUAUGCCAGACGGUACCAUCAACUCGCCCCAGGAAGACAAGACCGAACCCUUUGUGGACUUUCCUGUCCUAACCUCUCCAGGAGGACAGACCAGACAUGACAGGAAGCGAAGUGUGUGAGAGAGAGACGGAGAGGGGGUGGGAUCGGGAAAGGUCCUCAAGUCGGGAUUUCGAACACGGGACACCCGAAGCACAAUGGUGCUGCCCACAAGGCUGUCGGCGCCAAAUAUCGUCUUUUACGUUCAGCAGAAGAAAGAAAGUCAUACAGGUUUGGAACGACUUGGGAAAAAAAUUAUGACAGCUGGACCAUUGCUGUAAAUCCUUAAAAAAAAAUGAUUUAUGAUAAUGACAAACUGUUUUUUUGUGAUAAUCAACUUACGCCACAGUUGCUGCCAAUUGAGCUUAACUUUUCCAAGAUUGAACCUAGAAUAUUCUUUUAUAGUCCAGAUUUUCAAAAAUAGACUCUACAUCGAAAAGCACUUCUGAUCUAAGCUUCGAAUCAAGAUUCACCUUUUCAGAAAUUCAUAAACAUCAAACAUAGUUAGUUGCCCAUCAUCUGUUAAGUUUUAUUUCCGACUCGUGUGAUCUACCUUGUGAGCUUGCAAACAGCUUAACUAGAGAAAGAUUGCAGAAUAUCUGCUGCUAGUGGUAAAAGAAACUACUACUAGUCUCUCAUGAAGCUGUAUUCCUCUAAUGAAUUAAAUUGUUAAGACCAUAAUGCACUAUAAUGCAGCAUAUACUGUAGCAUAAGUGUAGAAGCACAAAAAGUAAGCCUGCUCAAAAGGGAGUCAUUAGACCUUUAUGAUGACACAUGUAGUUAAAAUAAGGUAACAUUUAUCUUAAGGGAUAUUUUAAAUACGUUUAAAGGGAAAUCCAUGCUAUGCUAUGUCUUUUUCUUAUUUUAGAAAGUGAUAUUUUACAUUGGUCUAAAUAUUAAAAUGCUUGACAGAGUAAGUCAGUCUCAGUUUACAUGGAUUUUUGAAUCCAAGGUCGAAUAAUGGCUGGCUCCAUGUGUCCAUGUCAUAAGCUGCUGAGAUCCAGCACAAUGCCGUUACAUACCAAAAAAAAAGGUUUGGCGAAAAUCUAGGAUUACUGAAUUGUGGUUGAGUAUUAUCGACUAAUUGACUGUAUAAAGCGAUCAUCCAGAUCUUUAACUGUUUGGAUUCAGAACAUUUUUGAGGCUAUUUAAUAAAAGGAAUGAAUUCUAUUUUUGAAACAUGCUUGAAGUGUUGUUUACAAUCGAAUGCUUGUUGUUUGUAUUAUGAGAAUGACUGUUGUAGGCGCAGACUGAUGACUACUGUUUAAGGUCCCGUUGGAAGAUCACACUGUACUGCUGCUUGUGUUGUAUCAGUCACCGCA